AUGGUAACCUUUGGUUCCUCCAAUCAAACUUCCAACAACUCACCAUCAUUGCUAAGCGGCAGCGGCGGAAACACAUUUGUCAACACACUUGGCAACUCAUUUGACAAUAUGGAGCAACUCUCAUCCAGUCCAUCCAAGCACAACAAUUACAACAACAACUAUAACAUCAAUAGUAAUAAUAAUAACAAUAAUAAUAAUAACAACACAAUGGUGAUUACCGCUGGAAAGGAUUCACCUACUUUGACCAGGAGGUUUAAGAAGUCUCCUGUGUUCAUGUCGCCAGUAUCCGUGUCAACUACCAGUACCAGCACAUCGACUACCACCACACCAAAUGCCAGCCCCUACCAAUCUCCCAAUGUUAAACAACGUGAGAGUGACAAGGACUCAUCAUCCUAUGAUGCCAUGGGCAGCUAUGUGAUGGACCUUCGCGACAACUUUAUCGAGGACUACUCAACAAGGGUUGUUCCUCCAAUCAAGUCCACAUUACCAUCCACACACAUAGGCAAGCCACUGCCAUUGCCACAAUCACCACCACAACAACCACAGCCACACCUACCCCAACUACCACAAAUACCUCAAGUAUCCUCGGCAGUAUCCGAACUAAAGAUGCAGUUGCUGGAGAGUCUGGAUAUGUACUCGACCCUGACUUCGUCGGUGGACUCUUCGCUGACUACUCAGUCGAUGCCAGAGUUGCCGCUUUAUACACCAAGGAAGAAUUGGAUUAAUGGCUCAAAGGUCAUGUUGUCUACAUACGAUCGACGCCACUUCCUCUCACCUACUCGUGGUCGCAAGAGCUUGGGCAAGUCCACAACAACUGGGCCAAGAUACCUCACCAUCACCCGUAGUGUCUCGCAGUAUCUCACGCUCAGACCAAAGAAGUCUCGUGGCAACCUUUCCAAGUCUACGUUCGUUGGCGAGGAUGUACUGGAGGAGUUACAACAUCAAGAGCAACAACAUAAGGAACAACAGGAGCAACAACAGCAACACCCAGUCGAUCAAUCGUCGCCAGAGAAGGAUGGCGCGUCCAUUAGUAGCAAGUCCAACGAUGGACAUGCCACCAUCAGUCCAAGGAGAUUAAUGAGGACUGGAACACUUAGAAAAAUAUACAAGAACAUCAACAAACAUAUUCACAGCUCUGAGGCAAUUGACAAGAGAACAAAGAAGCUGAGGGAGAUCAUCGACUCGACAGUGGAGCACACGAUCAUCAAGCGCUACUUCCCAUACGACUUGAACAUGGACGUCCAGACCGAGUUUGAGCUGUGGGUCACCGAUGGAAAGUACUCGGAGGGCCGACAGCUCGACGAGAUGGUCAAGACUCUGUCGGACGACUGUGAUACUACACGCACGGUGAAGCCAGCCGACGUCGAGGACUUUAUCGACCGCUUCACAGACAAGAUAUUGAACGAUCACAAGCUGCAGGAUACUGCCAGCUCAAUGCCACUGAUAUACGACGACAUAUCAACACAUCACAUCAUCGCUCAACUCACCAAGCGCAUACUCUAUCCGCGCAUCCAACUCAUGACCAAGGCCAUCCUAAACAAUCACAAUGGAUCAGUGUUGACCACCAAGUACAACAAUCAAUGUCGCGAGAAAGUGUUAUCCAUGCGAUCCAAGACCAUCCAAGAGCUUAACUUACUUCCAAGCUGUUUCCCAUCGGAUGUUGACUUCUCCUACAAGAACCCAUUCGAACCAGCUAUAUCCAUUAUCAACAGGAUACCAUCACUCUCUGUACCAAUCGAUAUUAUUUAUAUCAUUCAAAAGACAAUCAGUUGUAUACAUACUAUAUCCGUCAGCCUGUUGGACAAUGGCAAGAAGUUUAGUGGCAUUAGUACUUUGUCGCGACGUGGCAAUCCUGGCCCGUGGUCCGACACCACUGCGCUGGGCGCCGACGAGCUGUUCCCUCUAUUCGUCUUUGUACUGAUACAUUCCGAGGUCAUUGGCUGUUCAUCAUUCGUAGUAUCGCUCCUCCAACACUUCACUCUGAACGAUCUGGAAACUGGUGGGGAGUUUGGCUGGUGCUCAGCCUCGUUCCACGCCGCCAUUGCCCAUCUCAAUCAACUGUAG